AUUCCACACACGAUCAGUUCAGUUUCGUACGUCGAGUUGUCACCAAGUGCUUUGCCCACAACUGUGCCGUGCUCUGUUCCAACAAUUUUUAUAUUAAAGUAUUACCGGAAUUUAUUCUUUGUGCGCAGGAUAUACCAACAACAAUAUCCAUAUACAUAUAUUUUUGAAAAUAUACCAAACGGGUGUGUGAUUCGAAAAUCAAAUCAAUUAAAAUUACAAACGAAAAUCACGCAAGGAACGCGUAGGAUAUUCACAGAAGCACACAAGGCCAAAACAGCCAACACUUUCGAACUCCUGUAAAAGCUCAACAAAUCCACUUUUUUUUGCAAAAUGAGGGAAAUCGUGCACUUGCAAGCCGGUCAAUGUGGCAACCAAAUCGGUGCUAAGUUUUGGGAGAUCAUCUCGGAAGAGCAUGGAAUUGACAGCAAUGGAAUUUACAAUGGCGAUAGCGAUUUACAAUUGGAGCGAGUCAGUGUUUACUACAAUGAAGCUUCGGCCGUGACGCGUUCCUCUGGCGGCAAAUAUGUGCCGCGUGCCAUUCUACUCGAUCUCGAGCCAGGUACCAUGGAAUCGGUGCGUUCCGGCCCCUAUGGACAACUUUUCCGUCCAGACAACUUCGUAUUCGGCCAGUCGGGUGCUGGUAAUAACUGGGCUAAAGGGCAUUACACCGAAGGUGCAGAAUUGGUGGAUAAUGUUUUGGAUGUGGUGCGCAAGGAAUGCGAGAACUGUGACUGCUUGCAGGGCUUUCAAUUGACGCACUCAUUGGGCGGUGGUACUGGCUCUGGUAUGGGCACCUUACUCAUCUCAAAAAUACGCGAAGAGUAUCCCGAUCGCAUAAUGAAUACCUACUCGGUGGUGCCUUCACCCAAGGUCUCUGACACUGUCGUCGAGCCAUAUAAUGCCACGCUCUCCAUACAUCAAUUGGUGGAGAACACUGAUGAGACCUAUUGCAUUGACAACGAGGCACUGUACGACAUUUGUUUCCGCACACUGAAGGUAUCCAACCCCAGCUAUGGCGAUCUCAAUCAUCUCGUAUCGCUUACUAUGUCCGGUGUGACCACUUGUUUGCGCUUCCCCGGUCAAUUGAACGCCGAUUUGCGUAAGCUAGCUGUGAACAUGGUACCCUUCCCACGUCUGCACUUCUUUAUGCCCGGCUUUGCGCCGCUCACUUCGCGGGGUUCGCAACAAUACCGUGCGCUGACCGUACCCGAAUUGACGCAGCAAAUGUUCGAUGCCAAAAACAUGAUGGCCGCAUGUGAUCCUCGACAUGGUCGUUACUUGACUGUCGCUGCUGUGUUCCGCGGUCGUAUGUCCAUGAAGGAGGUUGACGAACAAAUGUUGGCUGUACAAAAUAAGAACAGCUCCUACUUUGUUGAAUGGAUACCGAAUAAUGUGAAGACGGCCGUGUGUGACAUCCCACCCAAGGGAUUGAAGAUGUCCUCCACCUUUAUUGGUAAUACAACCGCCAUACAAGAGCUCUUCAAGCGUAUUUCCGAACAAUUUUCGGCGAUGUUCAGGCGCAAAGCUUUCUUGCAUUGGUACACGGGCGAGGGUAUGGACGAGAUGGAGUUCACCGAGGCAGAGAGCAAUAUGAACGAUUUGGUGUCCGAGUAUCAACAAUACCAGGAGGCUACCGCUGACGAUGAAUUCGAUCAGGAUGUGAAUCAGGAGGAGGUAGAGGGCGAUUGUAUUUAAUGUAAGCAACAGAGGAAUGGGGAGCGUGCGUAGUGCGGCGGGAAGGAGAGGCAUAACAAAUUUAGCGCUACGAGAACGCUUUUGGCUAUCGGGUAUGCAUUUCGACGACUGGCGAGACAAAUAUGUUAGCUGUGAGAUUCUUUGAGGCACUCUUUUCCGCCGCCUACACGUCCAAAACUGUAAACGUUACAAUUACAAGACAAAGAGAUAAAAUCAAAUUUAAAUUAGUAUUUCGCACGUAA